CGGAACGGCAAUUCGAUCCCACCUAGCCAGGAUAUACUGUGGGAGCAAGACGAAAUAGCAAACAGGCGCUCAAUCACUACCUUGCUUUUGUAUCGCCCAAUAUGUCGCAGCGCAAACCAGGCAAUCUCAAGGUGUAACAAAGCUACGAAACUAUAUGUCCUAUUUCCCGUGUACUUACUGUGUACUGUGGUUGCUCCUCAUGGUAACAGGCUAUCGGUCAAAGCCGUUACGUAUUAUUCAGUCUCAUUGUCUUGAUCCAGCUCGAAAAACCCGAAUUCGUCGAAUUUUUAACGUUUCAAAUAUUCUUAAUUUACUGUACUCCCCUCCGAUAAGAAGACUCUUUCACUGGGAUAAAUCAAAGCCAAUGUAUGGUGGCUACCGUCAGGAGUGCUAUUGCGCGAUUCACGCCAGCGUCUGCGUGCUCUUAUCCACAGGCUAUUCCUUGUGCUUGAAUACUUCUUUACCAUAUGUAUACGAAUGCCGGCCUGUCUUAGCGACUGUGCCGUGCCUGUUCUUAUUAUCCGCUUCCGUUGGACUUGCUGCCAAUGGCAGAAUAUGGCGUAUCAGGGACAAUUUGCUGGAUAUCCAGCUAUCAAAUGCUCCUUAGCUCUACUUAAGUGUCUCUGCAUCUCAGUUGUCCUACUAUCCCUCCCACCAGUUAUCUACACCUCUCUUAAUCCACCAUGACCCUAAUCCAGGACGGCGCGACCGUUAC